AUGAAGAAUGGUAGGACAGCGAUUCAUGUCCUUCAUAACUUAAAUUCAAUUCACAAGGAAAACUUGUUGCAGAUUCUUCCUCUGUCUUUGGUGUUUGUUGGAAUGAUUGCCUUCAAUAACCUUUGCCUUAAACACGUUGGCGUAUCAUUUCUAUUAUCUGGGACGUUGUCUCACCACUGUGUUCAAUGUGGUGUGUACCUAUUUGAUUUUGGGCCAGAAAACUUCCGCGCGAGCUAUAGGCUGUUGUUUCGUUAUAGUGGCCGGAUUUCUAAUGGGUGUCGAUCAAGAGGAUGCCUCAGGAACUCUUUCCGUUAUUGGGGUUAUAUAUGGUGUUUUGGCAUCGCUCUGUGUUGCUCUGAAUGCCAUCUACACGCAGAGAGGAGAAUUCGGCGAACUACUGUAUUUCCCUCGAUUGUUUAG